ACUUAUUCUCGCCACAGUCAGAUACCACCCUUCUAGUUCAAUACGAACAUGGAAGAAGAGAUUCUCUCUGUUCAGCCUUCAUCUGUCUCCUUGGAAAGCAAGAAAAAAAGUUCCGGAACCAACACGCCCACCAACGAUAGUCCUGCCGCGUCGCCUGCACCCGCAUCUACUGCCAAAAACCGACCAAAAAUCAAGCGGGACAGAGUUCCUAAUCCAAUUCGUCCGCGGCGUGAUGAUAUCACCUUACCAGCCGAGAAAAUCGCCUCAUCCUCUUCUAGACCACUCCAAGAUGCCCCACGAGAAACGAGAAGUAAAAAGAACGGAAAGAGGAAACAAAAGACGGAUAAUGGUCGUAUUUCCAGUGAAGUGGAACGAGACGUAAUCGUCAUUGACGAUUCCGAUGAACCAACCGUCUCCAAGGAUCUUGGCAUCGGUGCAGAUUUUGUUGUGUUCGACGAUUCGGAUUCGGAUGAUAGCGAUGAAAAGAAGACCGGUAGCAUGGAUAGGAAAGAAAAGGAACGCGACGAUGGAAUAACGCCUCCUUCCGAUGAAAGAGAUACCCGCAGAGAGAAUAAAGAGCCCGACCGCAGAGGAAGGCGCGACGAUACCAACGAUGACAGGCGAGAGAAGAAGAGUAAAAGAAGAGAUCACUCUCCAUGCGUACGAGAGUGGGACCGCAACAAGGAGAGGCGACGCAGUCGAGAAAGAGAAACGUACACGGAUCGUAGACGCCGAGAAAAAGCGAAAUAUGGACGCAGAGACAGGAAGGUAGACAAGGUCCCGUGGCUCGAGAAUUUGGACUUGGAUAGUUGCACCAAUGUUGCUGAGGUUUUGCACCGGGAAGUGAAGGCAUUCACAAAAUGGAUAUCACCGACGCCAGUAGAAGACGAGAUCCGUGGCCUUGUGGUGGCACAUAUCAAGAAAGUAGUCGCAGCAUCGUUUAGAGACGCCAAAGUUCUUCCUUUCGGAAGCUACGCGACCAAACUAUAUUUACCAACUGGUGAUAUUGACCUCGUUAUUCUCUCCGAUUCCAUGGCAUAUAGCAACAAGGUUACUGUCCUUCACUCCCUUGCUGCAACCCUAAAGCGAGCCGGUAUAACUGACCGGGUUAGCAUCAUCGCCAAGGCGCGCGUCCCCAUUGUCAAAUUCGUCACGAAGCUUGGCAUGUUCCACGUCGACAUCAGCAUCAAUCAGGGCAACGGUCUAGUCGGCGUAGAUAUUAUCAACGGCUUCCUCCGCAACAUGCAUGGACAGGAUUGUAUGGCGUUGCGCGGUCUCGUACUCAUCACGAAGAUGUUUCUUGCUCAACGAGGCAUGAACGAAGUGUAUACUGGCGGGCUGGGCAGCUACGCAAUCGUGUGUUUAGUUGUCAGCUUCUUGCAAAUGCACCCGAAGAUUCGAAGAGGAGAAAUGGCCGUUGAUGCAAACAUGGGCGUUUUGGUGAUGGAGUUCUUCGAGUUGUAUGGGUGCUAUUUUAACUUCGAUGAUGUUGGGAUCUCCGUGAGGGACGGUGGGACGUAUUAUAACAAGAGGCAAAGGGGAUGGCACAAUGAUUCGAAAGGAUUGCUCUUGUCCAUCGAAGAUCCUGCUGACCCUUCGAACGAUAUCUCAAGUGGUUCAUUCGCAUUCAAUAAAGUCAAGACGACUUUUGCUGGUGCUUUCAACAUCCUGGCCUCUGCUGCGUACCUGAAGGCUGGCAUCAUCAACUCUCGACGAUCAGGAGGCGCUCUGCACUUACGCGGCAGCUUUGAUCCUGCAGAUCUGAGCGUUUUGUCAGCUAUUCUGAGCAUAACACAAGAGACUAUAAAUCAUCGAAAGGUGGUGCAGGAAGUCUACGAUUCUGGGGAUUUACACAGAAUGGUUGGCCAGAAACCACUUCCCCAAGUGUUCGAUGGGCGCUCAGAUGGAAACCAGAAUGGCAGUGGCUUUUCCAAAGAGUCGUACGAGAUGAACAUGGAUCUGGGUACUGACUCAGAACAAGAAAGGGAGAGCAAGAAGCGCCGGAGAGACGAUGACGAGUCCGAUGGAGGGAGAUAUAACAUCGGGAAGGAGCCGCCGAAGAAACGCAGACGCAAAGGAAUAUCGGCUGAUUUCCGGGAACACUUCACGACAGGCGAGGAUAGUGUUGCAGAAGGAAAGAAUGAGGAACCGCCGAAGAAUCGCGGACGCAAGGAAACGCAACUGGAUACUCGGGAGCCCUUUACAACAGACGAAGAUAGCCUUGCAGAAGAAGAGGAUGAAUACGCCAGUGACUCCUCAAGCCCCGCAGAUAAAGAGUCGAAACGCAAAGUCGACAUUGGGGAGCGCAAUCGCAAGCAGUCAUAUUGGUUGUCCAAGGGUAUUGGGCCUGGCGACGUUGGAGACAGUGACAACUGAACUACCUCUUAUUACCUGUGUUAGAAUAUUGGAUCCAUGGUACUCCUUAUAUUCCGCUUUGUUCGCUCGUUCGCUGCUUUUUUAUUGUUGCUUUGUUGUCGACUUGCUCUUUUAUGUAGUCAAAACUUCGUGCACGAGUCAAUAGUGCUUUUCUUCUAAGUUCAAGAGUAUUCGAUGACUCCGCCGCCUUCAAAGCCAAAAACAAGGCAUCUUCCUCU